AUGCAGCAAGGGUUCUUUCGAGGUGGUGAUGGCACUUAUUGGGGAGAAACUAAAGAAGGGCGGCAGGGCGAUGAGUCCUCCUCCCGACCGGCUAAGAUGAGUAACUGGGAUACUGCACCUUCUGGCAAUACCAAUACCACAACUGGAGGAGAUGAUGAUGGCAAAUUCCAUAAGGAUGUCCCUUUACCUCAUUGGGCGGCUGGUAAGGUUAUAGGAAAGCAGGGUGAUACCAUAAAACGGAUACAACGUCAAACUCAUUGUGAAAUCAAGUCUGAUAACGGUGAACGCGACACUGAGGGAAACAGGAGCCUCCACCUCGUCGGCGAUACACAGGCAACUCUCAAUGCGUGUGCAGCAGCCAUUGAAGAGAUCAUAUUCACGUGCCGCAAGCCUAUCGUUGGUCCAGGGGACUCGAAAAAGGAAGUAGUCAUAUCGAAUGACAUAGCAGCUAAG